GUUUGCUUUGAUACGAAUCCUUUCGUUCAGUUCUUAGAGCUUAUAGUUAGACGUUGCAAGGAAAAUAUAUUGGGAAAUGCUUGCUAAAGCGAAUCAGUGGAAAUAUUAGUGAAACACCUUGAUGUUUAACUACCGAACUACUUCUGGUAAAACGCUUACGGGUUUGUAGAGUCUGCUCCUAUCACACGAUAACCUGGCAUCUUCUUCACUAAAUAUCAAUAACAGAUCGUUGCCGAGAUAAUCUAACAAAUGUAAUGCAGUACGUUGUUUUUGGGAUUCUCCUAACAAGCCUCCUGACUGGUCAGAUAAUUCUCGACCCAGUGAUCUCACACCGACUGCAUCAUGGAUGCCAGAACGUUAGUUCAGUAGCCAAUUACAAGCUAGAAGGUCACGUGUUUGAUACCAUAUAUGGUAAAAACUUUGAAACAUGCGUUAUAUCAUGCGAGGACGACAAACGAUGUCUCAGUCUCAACUACAAGCACGUGACAAGAGCGUGUGAAUUGAACACGAGAAGUAAAUCAACCAAUCCCUGUGAUCUGGUACCACGUGAUGGUGUGGUUUAUAUGGACAGUUUGAAACAUUACACAAAGGACGCAUGCGCACUGUUCCCUUGUAAGAAUGGUGUCACGUGCUUGGUGACGUCAUGUUGCCGUGGUUUCAAGUGUGACUGUGGGGUUUUUUACACAGGUGAAUUCUGUGAAGAUUGCACCUUGCUUGGCGAACCUCUUGGGAUGAAAAGUAAGGCCAUUCCCGAUGCAGCACUGCAAGCCUCAUCUUAUCGCCCGGGAUAUCCACCAUCUAAUGGUCGCCUUGACGACGAUAAGGGCUGGAUCUCUUCCUCAAAUGACGUCAUGUCUCCUUAUUUUCAAGUUAAUUUAAAAGAAACCAAGAGUAUAUCUCGUGUUUGUCUUCAAGGGACAAACAUUUCGAGCUUUCCUAAUGGAGGCGCGUGGAUUAAACAGCUAUAUUUUUCCUUCAGCUUGGAUGGUAGUAACUGGACAGAUUACAUCACACAGGACGGACAUAAGCAUCUUCAAGGUUGCACCACAGUGGAGGGCAAGAAAUUCUUUAACUUCACAAACCCGAUGCAAGCAAAAUACGUCCAGAUCAGACCAGUAACGUGGGAACAGUUUCCAGCACUCAGGAUGGAGUUGUAUGGAUGUGAAGCAAACCUGAAAACAAAUAAAUAGAGUAUCUCUUGAUCAAGAGAGCGGACAACAAUGCUCCUUGGAGCUGAAUGUCAAAAGCGUCAACUCUCUUUCCAAAUAGUAUUAACUUAUUAUUAUUACGUAGACGGAUGUCGUUGUAAUAAAUGUAGGACAUAUCACGUGACCUGUAUCAUGUAACAUUCUAGUUAUAUUAAUUUCUUAUUUUAAAGUCAUUUUCGAUUUUGCAUCUGCUGAU